ACCAGUGUGCGCAGGUGGAUGUGAACGGCCAUGCCUGGGUGGCUGGCUACACGCGUAGCUCCCUUGAUGGUCACAGCAACGCUGGCGGAGUGGACAUCUUUAUAAUGAACUUUGAUGGCGAAGGUGUCCACCAAUGGACCCACCAACGCGGUGGUAAGGGCUAUGACAUGGCUUUUGCCAUACAGGUCGAUCCCACAGGCAAUGAUGCUUGGGUAGCUGGCGGGACAGGAAGCUCCCUGGAUGGGCACAGCAGCGCUGGCAGCCGUGACAUCUUUCUGAUGAGGUUUCAAGCCGAGUGCAGCCAGGUAACAUGUCCAGCUGGCUACGUGCAGAAUCCCUCGUGGAGCAACAGCAUUUUUGUUUGAGGGUUCUGAAAGAUAUUGCAAGAUGUUCUCCACAGAACAGCCUUGGCAACAGCCUUCGCAACCUGAGGAAGGGCGGGGGCUUUUCCGGAAAGAGUUCCUAUACCUUGGUCGACGAAGACUGGGCAUGUCCAGAUGAAAAAGAGCCAUGGCUGGUGGCUGCUGUGGUGCUGCCAUUGCUGACGGCGUGCCUUUGUGCCUCCCUGGGCAUCUGCUGUUACCGCGCGAAGCUCCGCCAGCUUCGAGGUGCCGAAGCAGAGCCUCAAGUCCCAAAUCCGCUGGCGAUGCUGCCGCCCCUUGCGUGGUCUGUGAAACCUCUCAUUUUCUCAUGGAAUUCCAGGAUGACUGCGGAAUGGCCACGAGGAAAAGUUCAGAAGCUUUCGGUGAGCGAGACGGCUUUUGAAUUGAGCGGUCGCCAGUUUCAAUUUCGACCAGGGCAAGUUCGACAUUUUACCUGGGAAGAUGGAACUGUCCAGACGGUGCAGAGCAUUCACAAGAACGUGGUGUGGUGGAGCACGCAGCAUCCCCAUCCUGCUUGGCAACGCCUCAGGUGGGUUUGCACUCCAAAAUGCCAAGUCGAAAAUCACCACGACAUGGAGAUCACGGACUCGGAGGGUGAUGGCUACAGAUGCACAUCGUGCUCGCGCCUCCGAGCUCCUGGAAAGCACUGGUACUGCCCGCAGCAUCAGGUGCACGUGUGCCCAGUUUGCGCAGAGUUGCCACCUGAGAUGCCUACGUUGGGUUUGGCAGCCGCGUAUUUGGUGAACAUCUUUCCACCUUUGGCCCGCAGUGCAACUGCUGAUGAGAAUCCCAAUUUCUACGAUAUUUGCCCAACCUUGGCACAUGGGUCAGCAGGCAUGGGCUACAACAGGACAUGUCCCAGAGACGGGAGGCCCAAUUGCAGUAUUGUGGAUGCGUUAGAAGAUGCACACAGCGGAAAGGUCACGCACUUCGUUUCAUGGUGCUGGGCAUAUUCCUUGAACAACGUUGUCAGUGCCUUUGAGCGAUGGCUGCAAAAGUCCAACGAAGAUCCGCAGAACGUCUUCCUGUGGAUGUGUUUUUUUUGCAACAACCAGUAUCGGAUCCAGGAGGAGGCGACUCAAACAGGAAGUGAUGAGUUGAGAGAAAUCUUUGAAUCCCAUCUGGUGGAAGCGGGACAUAUGCUGGUGUUGCUCGACACCAUCGUGUCAGGGCCUUAUCUGAUGAUGGACGUGCCGGACUGUGAAACUGAGUGACUUCACUCUGAAGCAAAUGCGAGCGAAAGCAGCAGGAUGUUGUAGUCAAAGAAAGUUUCAUAUAGAAACUCCAAGUUGUGGACGACUGGAAUAGUGCGGGGCAGAGAAGAAUGAAAAGGGUAGAGCAGAGUCUGUAGAGAAAAGCUGAGAAGUGGAUGUGCAUUUCAGUAGCUACCCACCACUUUUAUUGAUAGACGGUGGACAAAUGCAAGGGCACGAACUCGCCUCUCAAACAGUUUAUCCACACAAUUCUGCGCAAAAAGUUGAUGAGAGAAGAGUUCGUUUGGCUGGACACAUAUUGCCGGGCACCUAAUGAUGACC